UGGCGUUGUUGAGGAGCUGUGCUAUUCGUCUCCUUCAUGGAAAUGACAAUAUGCCAUUUUUUCACAGCUGAAAGUUGCCGUACGGUGGUUACAACAAGUGCACAAAUGUUCUAGCUGCAAGUUUGUAGUGCGUCCGUGUGUUUCUGUGUCCUCGCCCGAAUUUAGCCGCUAAAUGAUUGAGCUAAACACACGUGGAUUUGUGUACAUUCUCAUCUUCAUUCAAGUCCGCUCUUAAAGUACUUGCCAGGAGCAUUUCUGGCUCUCUGUCAGGCAUCGUAGUGUUUUAAGUAGUUGAGUAAUAGCGAUGGUAGUUAAUAUUGAAGCUGCUCUCAUGAAAGGGGCGUUUCGAUUAGCUAAAAAGUGCAAUGUAAAUGUCCUGUUUACCAAGUUGACGCUUCAGCCGAGACUGGAGAACGUUGUUUCUAACAGCCGUUCAUGCAAGGUGAAGGAAUGACUUGAAGGGCUGACAUGUCUGAUGCUCGCUUCCAAAACCUCUUGUCACGUGAUGAGACACUUUUGGACAAAAACCACACAGUGAGCGAGAUGCUCAGCAAACCAGCUGCAUCCUGGGAGGAACAGAAGUUCGGUGUGGAAAAUGUCCCAGUAGGGCAGACAACGCCAUUCCUGUCACCACCACAGACUGUUGGUCCAGAUCCUGUGCAUGACUUGCCGGCUGAGUUGCUGCAAGUGGGAUGGCGGCGCUUCUGGAGCAAGCGUGAAGGUCGGCCUUACUUCUUCAACAAGCUCACAAAUGAGUCUCUGUGGGAAAUGCCACGGCUCAGCACACCAGCCCAGUAUGACCCCCUUACUGACCCACUGGGAAUCCAGGGACCUCCAACCCCUGUGGACCCAGGAACCCCGCCUGGACCGUCGCACCUUCUUCUCCCAUCUCCUCCACCAACGUCCAGCCCAGUGCUUCUGCCUCGAGCUGACAAACGACGAGCAUCUGAUGAUGCUAAUCCAGCAGCAGCCAAGAAAUUUGUGCUUAGUGGGCCAUUUGAUCUGGAAGUGCCAACCAAUGUUGUCAUCUGGGAGCGAUCUCCAACACUAAUGCCUCCACCACACCCUGAUGUGGAAAACUUGCGCUCUACACUCACCACCCGUCUGCGAAACAACUAUCAUGAAAUGUGCCACUCAAGAGAAGGAAUUGAGUGCCCAAAAGAAUCUUUCAUACGAUGGCUGAUGGAGCGCAAAGUUGUGGACAAGGGUCACGAUCCAUUGCUGCCAAGUGCGUGCCAUCCAGAGGUCUCGCAGUGCAUGUACCGGGAAAUUAUGAACGACAUCCCCAUCAAGCUUGUGCGACCAAAGUUUGCUGGGGACGCUCGCAAGCAGCUCUCCAAGUAUGCUGAGGCAGCCAAGAAGAUGAUUGAGUCACGCAAUGCAAGUCCAGAAAGUCGCAAGAUUGUGAAAUGGAAUGUUGAAGAUGCAUUUCACUGGUUGAGAAAAACGUUGAAUGCCACCUAUGAUGACCAUUUGGAACGCCUGGCCCAUCUGAAAAAACAGUGUCAGCCACAUUUAGUCCAGGCAGCCCGUUCUUCAGUGGAAGGGAUAUGUGCCAAAAUAUAUCAUAUGUCUGUUGAAAAUGUGAAGAAGAUACGGGAAAAGCAUUGGACCAUUCUCAACCAGCAUGGCAUUGAAGAAAUCACAAGCCCAUUGCACGUGGCAAACCCCAAAAAAGUGUUCUGCUAUCCGGUCCAGUUUGCCAUCUCAUCACCUCGGCUACCAGCAGUGGAUGUGCUUACAGACAAGGACAGCACCCUCCUGCGCUACAAAGGAGAAGUUGUGCGCAUCAACACAUUGUACUUUCAGAAACUUGAGCAACUUUACAGGUGGAACUGCACAGAUGACAGGAAGUUUGAGAACUUCCUUCCACGGGUUUGGUGCAUGCUGAAGAGAUACCAGACGUAUCUGGGCUUGUCAUCUAAUGAAGGUCAUGGGACUCAAAAUUCACUGCCUGUGCUGGUCAUGGAGAGCUUGCACAAGCAUUUUGGGGUGACUUUUGAGUGCUUUGCAUCUCCUCUGAACUGCUACUUCAGGCAGUACUGCUCAGCAUUUCCUGACACUGACAGCUUUUUUGGAUCACGAGGGUCCAUCCUGAAGUUCUUUCCUGUUGCUGGCUCUUUUGAGGUCAACCCACCUUUUUCAGAAGAACUGAUGGAGGCCACUGUGAACCACCUGGAGCGGCUGCUUACAGAAUCGCAGGAAUCGCUGUCCUUCAUAGUCUUUUUCCCAGACUUUCGAGAUCCUGUUCCAGUGGCCUUGACCAAGCUUGAAGCCAGCAGGUAUAAGAGAGAGCAGCUAUUAAUUCCUGCCUAUGAUCACGAGUACAGACAUGGAUUUCAGCACAUCAUGCCAAGAAAUGAAGUAAGUGUGCGCUCAGCACAUGGGACGCACAUCAUCUUUCUGCAAAAUGAUGCUGGCUAUGCCCGGUGGGGUCCCACUCCUGAGCGGCUGGAUGCCCUGCGCGAAAGCUACCGACCAGGCCUGGACCGUGAGCGAGAUGUUGCUGCGGAGGUAGUCCCUGUGCCCUCAUUACCUUCAAAAGAUGCACCUCCAAAAGAGUCUCCUCUUGGUGCCCCUAAGUUGCUCUAAACACUGGUAAAUGUGGCUUUCCUUACUUCUCGUCAAAGGAGAAUUACAAUAGUAGACACUUAGCCAGGUGUUUGCUGAUAAAAAUUUGAAAUGUAAGCCAGUUAAGGAUACCCAGCUGCAGCUACUACAUUUGCAUGACUCAGCACAGUGCAGUUUUGUCUCCCUGCUCUGGCUCCACAGUAUCCAGAUAACUUGCCAAGCACUUUACAUCUCUGCUAGCAUCUUGUUAUGCCACUGUUUUGGCUAUAUGCAACGUCACUUGCUGUCUAUUGUCGAUUCCUAACAUAGCUAAUGUAAAGUGAGAACUUAUAGAGCAUUAUUUGUUGGGCGAGUAUUUACCACAUUAUUCACUGGCUAUAAAAUUUAUUGUUUAUGGUAAAGCAUCAUAGCACAUACAAAAAAGCCAGACUUUAUGGAAGGAGUGGUGUGGAUGCAUUGUUAAUUCUUCCUGUAAUUUGUUUUAUACUUUAAAGGUUGAUAUUACCUAUACCAGUUAUGUUGCGUUGAUCGAAAUUUUAUGUAGCAGCACUCUUAAGUAGGCCAAUGUAGCCAAAACCAGAUAUAUUGAAUGCUAAGGGGGUCAUGAAUAGUUCAUAUUGAUAAAAGAUGUGUGAAUAAUGUUUAUCUUAGCACUAAUUUAAACCUCUGCCAGUCUGCAAUACUUUCCUGAUAUCAUGAGAGAGAGUCUGAUUUAUGGUGCAUGGUGUGGAAUGGCAUGUACCAAUCCUUCAUAGCCUGGUGGCUAUUGGCUGCAUAGCAUGUUUUCUUUGCGUAAUGUGCACCAUGUACGCUGUCUUUAGAUGGUGCAGGGAGACAUAUUAUUGUGGGCAUUAGGUGCCUCCACAGUUCCCGCUGGUUUCCUCUCAACAAUGAUGGCACCUAGGCAGAAACACAGUGUUAUAGGCAUGAAAGAAAUUUAUUUUGUGCAUAAAAUAUGUUACACCUAGUUAAUACAUUUACAGUGGACUCUCUUUAAACGGAACCUUAAAGGACCAGGAAAAUUGGUUCCAUUUAUCUGCAGUUCUAUUUACUGAGAGACAAAGCUGAAUACAAUUGCAUGAAUACAAAACCAACCAACCAUGAGGAUGGUGUUCCGUUUAAGAGAGUUCCGUUUAAGCGAUUUCCGUUGAUCGAGAUUCCACUGUAUGUCAAAAUUGACAACCUGUCGCAGCGCUAAGCCUAAAUGCUCACUUACAUCAGCCACAAAGUGCCUGUACAGCAAGUCUUUGUACACAAAGGUUUAUCUCACUCCAUCAAGCACCACCUUUUGGAUGGAAGCAUUGAGGGAAAGUGGCCAUAAAGCCAUGGUGCAUAAUUUCAUUUGAUUACUAGAAUACUGUAUGUUCUUGUGUAAGGGCCGCGCCCUUAAAUUUAGAUUUAAUUAUUUUUGAAAAAGGUAUUUCAGAAGUAAUUAAUGCAUAGGCUGCGCACGCCCUCCGAAGCACAUACCAUAUUUACACGAUUGUAAGUCGACUAAAAUGUAAGCCGAACCCCCCAUAUUGCGUGACAGGGGGAAAAAAAAGCAUACCCGAGGGCGCAUUCCAUAACGAAAAUUUAUUAGUAACUGGCAUGGUCACUGGACUACUCGUCUUCCCUUGUGCCAUCGUCGGCGCUGCUAUGGCCCUACAGCGCAUCGUUGUCCAGCGAAAUUUCACAUUUGGCAAACGACCGCACCACGACAUCUUGUGGAACAGCAGCCCACGCCAAAUGCACCCAACCACACGCAGCCGUUAGGGAGACUCUUUUUGACAGGUCUGGUUGGCGUAAGUUCGCGGUCUUCUGCCACCAGUCACUCGUACUGAUGACGGAGCAGGUCCUUAAAAGGCGAAGAUCCGGGCUUGUUUCAUGACCUUGUCGCACUUCAUUGGCAGGGACCGAUCACGCAUUUCAGCGACAUACUCCGCAAGUUUGGCCUACAGCUCCGCAAAGCAUCCCGACUUCGGCCUGUGGGAAAUUCUUCGCUUGCCGUCACAGGUGAACAUUUUGCUUCACUGCAGUCGCCACUCUCUCACCACCCGUUCAGAAACAUCGAACUAGCUGCCCGCUGCGCAGUGAUUUGUUUCUUCGGCGUAAAGGAUGGCAGCCCUCUUGAACGCUGCUGUGAACGAGGGCCGAAUGUUUAGUGGGCCUGGAGCACUCAUGAUGACUGAGGAAGCAUGGAAGUAGCACGUAUCUGGCAAUUGAGUCGAAUGCGUCAGACUAAGAGCUACAGCGAAAUAGAAACGCGUGAGCGGCGUCUGCUCUUCCAUGAACUAUCAAUACUCCCUGCAAACGCCCUGCCGUUCAGGGGGUGCUGCCGCGAAUGGAACAGCGGGACUUCCAUCGACUAUCGACACCUCCCAUGAGUGUUGUGUGUGCUGUAGAACUCUAAAAAAAAUGUUGAAAAACCCUUUCGAAAAGCGAACAAACGCAUGGGAUAGCAAAAACUACGGGUAGGGCCAUAGAGCAAACAUAAAAUUGUAACUACGAUGUAGCUCCCCUGAUAUCUCGUUGGUCUCGCUUUUUUAAUGGUUCCAUGUUUUGGUU